AUGCCAAAGCUGGCGCCCUCUCUGCGCUUCCAGGCGCUAAAUUCAACGGGCCGUAGCUUUGCAUCUUCACCGCGGUGCCGACUCGCUCAAGCUCGGCAUGGCAUCUUAAACGAACCCUGGCUACCGCAGUCAACCUCGCCUCUCCCAACAACAUAUUUCUCCCCAGUGCGAGUGCGUAGGGGAAUCGAUGGAUUAGGAACACAGCAAGGUGAUCACAAACCGCCCGAUGAGCGGGUAUUAAAGCUCGGAAAGACUCUACGAACCCUUUCUCCCCUCCUCCCUACCCUCUUGUACAACACCCUUCCUGCAGAAAUCCUCAGUCCGAGCGUCAACCUCCACCUCUUUCCUUCGACACACCCACACCUCCCCACCGUCAAAGGUCGCACCCUUUACCGUGCUGCGCUAUGGACUGUUCCGGUAGCAUGGAGCAGUGUACCACUAGUAGGGAAUGUCAAGCUCCAAAUCCUAAGUGAGCGCAUCGUACGCGCAGGCACAGUCCUUGACCCCGAGCACGCAGAGAAUCAUGACUGUGGCGACGAGCGAUUAGUUGUACGCUGGAAGACCGAGGCGCGAACAGAUAGCCGGCCAUUCCACGAGUCACAGCGCAAUUCUCCGGAGAGGCAACAAAACAAUGCGAACGUAUCGCAAGCAUCCGAGGCAGGCACAAGAACGUCUCAACAACCACAAAUCCAGAGUGGUGUAUCGUCGUCAUCAUCGAAGAACGGUACGAAUAAGGGACUGAGCGUACUGCUUGGCGGCGAGGAGCCGAUUUUCAAACUCUCGAAGGAAGAGCAAUUCACCGGGUUGUUUAUUUUCUCUUUUGACGAGGAGGGACGCAUCCUAACUCAUACGAUUGAACACGCUGAUGAGGCGGAUGGAUGGGAUCGAACAGCUAAGUUUGUGACCUUGACUGACUGGCUGAUUGGCAAAGCGCGCGGGUCGCUGGAUCCAACACUUAAUCCUGGGCUAGCUAUGGAGUCUUGUGAGGAUUAUGGGCUACCAAGUGACACUCGGUAUACUCGGCGCUGA